ACAGAUCGCAACCGAAACCGAAACCAUCGCGAAAGCUGUCCUACGCCCGACAGUCCCGGUUUCGUCAACACUGCACUCCAGCAAGGCAUUGUUCUCCCCACCACGUCGCAUAAUACCUGUGGACUCCGUGAAUCCUUCUUUUCGCCGACAGAAUGCUCUCCUCGCUCAGGGUCGUUUCGCGACGGGCGGUUGCAGCCCGCAACUUGAGCGCUUUCCGCGCUGCUUCCACGUGGGCCAAUGUCCCUCAAGGCCCUCCAGUACGUAUCACGGAAGCCUUCAAGGCCGAUUCGUUCGAAAAGAAGAUCAACCUCGGUGUCGGCGCCUACCGCGAUGACAAGGGGAAGCCUUACGUCCUCCCCUCGGUGCGCCAGGCCGAGGAAAAGGUGAUCGCCUCGCGCCUGAACAAGGAAUACGCGGGCAUCACGGGCGUGCCCGAGUUCACCAAGGCCGCCGCGGUGCUGGCCUACGGCAAGGACAGCUCCGCCCUCGACCGGCUGGCCAUCACGCAGUCCAUCUCCGGCACAGGCGCCCUGCGCAUCGGCGCCGCCUUCCUCGCGCGCUUCUACCCCGGCGCCAAGACCAUCUACAUCCCAACCCCCUCCUGGGCGAACCACGCCGCCGUGUUCAAGGACUCGGGCCUGCAGGUCGAAAAGUACGCCUACUACAACAAGGACACCAUCGGGCUCGACUUUGCCGGCAUGCUCGCCGACAUCAACAAGGCGCCCGGGGGGAGCAUCUUCCUGUUCCAUGCCUGCGCGCACAACCCGACGGGCGUCGACCCCACACAGGAGCAGUGGAAGGAGAUUGAGUCCGCCGUCAAGGCAAAAGGCCAUUUCGCGUUCUUCGACAUGGCCUACCAGGGCUUCGCCAGCGGGGACAUCCACAAGGACGCGUUCGCCGUGCGGCAUUUCGUUGCGCAGGGCCACAACAUCUGCCUCGCGCAGUCGUUCGCCAAGAACAUGGGCCUGUACGGCGAGCGGGUGGGCGCGUUUUCCAUGGUGUGCGCCGACGCGGAGGAGCGGAAGCGGGUGGAUUCGCAGAUCAAGAUUUUGGUCCGGCCGCUGUACUCGAACCCGCCGAUUCACGGUGCCCGGAUUGCGGCGGAGAUUCUUAACACGCCUGCCCUGUAUGAGCAAUGGCUUGCUGAGGUGAAGGGCAUGGCGGAUCGGAUUAUCACCAUGCGGGCGCUCCUGAAGGAGAAUUUGGAGAAGUUGGGUUCGAAGCAUGACUGGAGCCAUAUUACCAGCCAGAUUGGCAUGUUUGCGUACACUGGGUUGAACGCGGAGCAGAUGGACAAGCUGGCUAAGGAGCACAGCGUCUAUGCCACGCGGGAUGGUCGCAUCUCGGUGGCUGGCAUUACGAGUGACAAUGUUGGCCGUCUGGCGGAGGCCAUCUUCAAGGUGAAGGGCUAGGGCGUUUCAUGUGUUGGGGAGGGGUGUGUAGUAAUUGUGUGGGUGGCUGGCUGAGUUUCUGUAAAUUCUGUAUGUGUUUUUCGCAUCCAGCAUCUGGAUUGCAAGAUGGAUAUGGGUAAAGAAAGGAUACUCGCCAGUGUGGUCGCUUAGACAGCCGAGCAGCCUCGGGUACGAUUUAGAUGGUACACAAGAGGUAGAAAAAAGACACAUAGAGCGCCAGUCUUCAAAAGAUGGUAUCAAAAC